UGGCACAUGUCCCUCAUUGGAGGUACAGUAAGAUACAGCCAUAAGGAAAGGAAGGAAAGAUCUCCGCUACUCAUCUCUGCCGCAAGUAUCGAUGAAGCGGCUGAUGAUUGAUAGUAAAGUGCGAUUAGUAAAAGAUUAUAAAAAUGAAUAUGUUUUUACGAAAGUUAAAUACGUUUCUACGUAAUUCGCAAUGUAGUUCAUUUAUCAAGUACCGUGCUUUUAGCUCAAAAGUGUCAGAAACUGGAAGUGAAAGAGAUCCUGCUCCAUUAUUCUUCAAUGAGGAAAUACAAAAUCUUCUUUAUACAUUGACCAGAGUUGAUUUAAAAAAAGUCUUCAGACCGCAAAGGGAUGGCCAGCAAAUGGAACCUCCUACAUAUAAAUUUCUGACAACUAGAGAACUUGAAAAAGCUAUGAAAUCUGCUAAAAGAAAGGCUGAGACACGAUUACAAAUGCCUCCUGUUGUGAAGAAGAGAUCAGAGGUUACUAAAAUUAUCUCAACUGAUCCAGCUUUAGAAAGCUAUGAUAGAUGCAAUUAUGUUUUUACUGACAUAACUUACGGUAUAUCGAACUAUGACCGCCUUAUUGUUGUACGAGAACCGAAUGGUGUUCUCAGACAUGCAAAGUGGGAUGAAAGACAUUGUCUUAAUCAGAUUUACUUUCCUAUGCCUGGCAGAGAAAUUAUUGCACCACGAAUGUUUGAGCAAGAAUUCUUAGAAGAUUUACUUAACCGUCAGGAAUAUGAUUUUGUGUUGAAUCGGGCGUGUCUUCAAUUUGAACCGAACGAUCCAAAAUACAUUGAAAUAUCUGAAAAAGUUUAUUCUAUUGUCAAUGAAAAACAAGAUUUCGAAAUUCUUAGAUCUACAAGGCAUUACGGUCCAAUGCUAUUUUACUUAGCAUGGAACAAAAAUAUUGAUAAUUUGCUCCUUGAAAACAUACAAACUGAGAAAAUAGAGGAUGCCGUGCUAUUCACUAAAUUAUAUCACAAGAUUAAUCCGACAGCAAGUUCAGUUGACAUUGCACAUGAGGGUGAUGACAUACAAUAUCUACGCGAAUUUGUGAAAUCUGAAGCUGCUAAUAAGGGUAAACUUGAAGCAGCCAUACUCUCUUAUAAGGAGCUUGAGAAAGAAAGACAGUCAGUUGCCAAAGGUAUACAGAAAGCUCAUGGUAUUGAAUGAAGUGUAUUAAACAUUUCACGAAGUUAUACAAAUACAAAGUACUAUUAUCUUUAGUUAAAUUAAAAAAAUAUAUAAAGAUCAUCGUGUGUUUUUAAUAAAAAAAAAACGUUACUA